CACCUCGCCACCCAGCCGCUGCAACCGGGGCUGCCGUAGUCAAACGUCGCCUCACAGGCCACUGUGCGCUGCUCGUCCAGCAGCAUCCGUUGCUCGCCGGUGCCAAUAACCUCCCCGCCCAGCCGCCGCCCGUCGCAACGGGCUGCCCUAGUCAGAUGCCAGACCUCGCCUCACCGUGCGCAGCUCAGAGACCAGUAACCUAGGUACUCACAGAAGCUUUACAUGGGAGCGGUGGAGAGAAGAAGAACCGGAGAAGAUGAAGAACCUUGAACUGGACACAGCGCCUGUCGUGGUGGGGAUUUGGCUGUGGAAGAGUAAGGAAGAUGGUGCAGCAGCCACACGGGAGAGUUAACGCUUGUUAGGUUUGUGGGCUAACGACAUGGGCUUGACCCUUGAUUAGUGGAUCUAUCGGUUCCCUUGAUUGCAGCCUUUCAUUUGCUUUAAUAAUUGUGCAAAAAAAUAUUCCCCGGAAAGCACAGAAUCACUUCCGUUUUCCAACGAAAGAAGUUUCCCAUGAAAUUAAAUUCAACAAAUAGUUCAUCAGCAAGUUAGGCCACUCCCAAUGCGUCUCUUAGCACGUCAUCUUACACAUUGUUGACAUGACACCAUCUUAAUGAGGAGACUGUCUCUUAUACUAGCGACCGUCUAUUCACACAAAUCAACACAAAAUCAUUAAAUCUCUCUCUCAAAGUUAUUAAAUUUCUACUAUUUUAGAUACUACCUUAAGAGACAAUGUAUUGGGGAUAUGAUUUCUUAACAUUUAUUGUGGACUAUGAGAUGGCACCUAAGAGACGAUGCAUUGGGAGUGCUCUUAGAGAACAUACCAAAGGACCAUUUUUUUGACGAAACAACAAUUGAUAGGUUAUUUAUUGCUAAGAUGUGUUUGAUGAAGCCUACGCAAGAAGACUCGGAUGGGCGCCCGGAAUAUCAAGGAUCGAUCAGGAUUAACUCGAGUUUUUCUAGUGUUUGUUUUCCUGUUGUCUGAGAUAUGCAUGGAUGUAAUGUCGUUUGGCCGACCGUUGUGUUUCUUUUGUUCUGCUCUCUUGCCACUCCCUCCUAUCCAUAUGAUCGGAGGGAGUAGCUGUCUGUACUACUGAAUUUGAGUCGGUUUCUUUAUUGAAAAUCUUGAAGAGGCUUAUUGUUUCAAAAUUAUUUUUUUGCUGAAAGUUGUUUCUUUUUCUUCUUCGGUGCGGUUUUUUAUUUUUGUAAAGCGAUGCUUACUUGUCGUCUUUCUGGGUUUCUUAGGCUAGCGUUAACAAAUAAAAUAGAGAAAUGCUACCAGUGGCCGAAGUCGACACAAAUAAAAAAAAUCUACACCUAAUAAUAAAGGAAGGAGCGUUUCGCGAGGAAAACCGCUGCUCCGUUAAAAAAGACGGAUGGUCCCACGGUAAAUGAUACGUGGCUCGGCAACAAUGGCACACUCGAUGCCGGUGCGCGGGGUGGUGGAAGGGCUGCGCGGGUACCUGGAGGAGGUGAGCCACAUCAUGCGGCUCAGCCGACGGCUGCAGCUUUGCUCCGCAAGAUCCUCCCCCCAAGCUCUCCACCCACUUUGCCCCGGUCGAAGGCGGCCACUCCAAGGUGACGGCGAUGAUCUCCGUCGAGAUCCUCCCCCAAGCUCGACGUCCCCCGGUGACCCGGUCGAUCUCCUCGCUCCCCACCGCCUCAGGCCCUCUCCUAGAACACCAACCAGACGAUCCCUUGAAUAAUGAGGGGAAUCACAGCAAACAUACCAACGCCAGGAUGGGAUUCGAAGGAGCCGACUUGGGAACCAGGGACAGGUGUGAUUACUAAUUGACUGCAGCCAUGGCCGGUCAACUUGAUGCAUGCUUGUGGCUGGACAACACGUAUGACGUAUGCAUGCAAGCAACUGAAUGAACAUCUUGCAGAUCCAGCAGGCGCCGUCGGCCUUCGUACCUCCUUGUACUCCAGUGGGUACCAAACGAUGGCUGCCGUGGCCUGGCCGCGAAAGCCAUGUAUAUAUAUCUGUUGGUUGGCGUAUGUGAGACGCACUGGAAAGCCGGUCGUGGUGAUCGACCGAGGCAUAGGUUUUGAUGCAUCGAUCGAGAUUAAAGGCGACUUUGUCUGAAUGGAUCCCGCGGAGGUGUUGAAUGUGCGAUUUCAUUUUGGUGGAGAGUUCGUCCGCAUAGGACCACGACUGGAUUAUGUGGGUGGGGAUGAAGCAUUGUCCGUGAUUGAGCGCGACAAAGUGUCAUUUCCAGAGUUGAAAGGGCACCUUGCUGAUCAUCUAACACUGAACGAGAACAAGAAAAUACAUUGGCUUCUUCCUGGAAAAGAACUGAAUGAUGGUUUGAUGUUCUUGUAUGAUGACACUGGUUGCUUAAGAAUGUCUCAGAACAUAACAGACGGAGGAGUUGCUGAUAUCUUUGUGGAGUUUAAUACAAAUGAGCCAGACUCCAGCACAGAUAGUGGUAGCAAUUAUAAAGAGGGGGAUGAGGAAAGCAGUGAGUUCCAUAGCGGUGAAGAAAUUGACGAUUUCCCAGAGCCUAAUUCUGUCCUUACUGCAGAUUCAAAUGGAGCUGUGGUGGUUAUUGAUCUAACAGAAGCCAAUGAUAAGGUGUUAGUGCCAAAUGAUGAUGGGGUGAUUACACAGGUUUUCAGAAGCCCAACAAAGAAGAGUCAACAUGCGGCAGAGAAAGAGAGAGGAGUAAGAGGACAUGCAUUGGAUGUAAGUAGUUCACAACUGGGAAUAUCUGUGAUCACUAGAUCUAGUCAGGUUCAGGAUUCAGAUGCGGUGCCACCAGUCCAGAAUGUUGCAGCAGCUCCUACUGUAGUACAAGAAGAAUUGGCAGCAGAUGUAGAGAACAGUGAUAGUAGCAGUGAGGAUAGUGAGUACCAACCACUUAGUGAUGACAGUGAUGAACAUUCAAAAAUAGUGGAGCUAAGAAAGCAUGCAAGGAUGUACAAGAAGAGAAUUAGGUCAUCUCAGAGAUUUGUUGCAUCUGGGUCCAGUGCAGCAGUGCCAAUUGAUUUGGUUGCCAAUGUAGAAGAGGUGGUCAUGGAAGCUGAAUUUGAUUCAGAGGAAGAAGAUUAUUCUUAUGAUGAUGAUCCUGAUGGAGGAGAUGACCACUUUGUGAGAAGAAAGAGUAAGUACCCAAGAUAUAACAACAAAUCUGACGUGCCACACUUCAGUUUGUCAAUGGUUUUCAGCAGCAAACAACAGAUGAGAAAGGCAUUGCAGAAAUACGGUCUUGUCACCAAAAGGAGUAUAGUGUUCUUGAAAUCAGAAGAGAACAGAGUUAGGGCAAAAUGUGGUUGGCCUGGUUGUCCAUGGCUCAUCUAUGCAGCAAAGAGGAGUAGAUGUAGCAGGUUUCAAGUCAUUACCUACAUGGAUGAGCACCAUUGUGCACAGAACAGGGAUAAUAAGUUAGUGACUGCGAAGGUCAUUGCAAAGAGGUAUGAAAACUUCCUUAUGGCAAAUCUUACUUGGAAGAUUGAUAGCAUGAAGACAACAGUGUUGCAAGAGAUGUUUGCUGAUGUCACUUCUUCAAAAUGUAAAGCUGCAAAGAAAAUAGUAAUGGAGAAGAUGUUUGCAGGGAUGAAAGGGGAGUACACUAAAGUGUUUGAUUACCAGCUGGAACUACUUAGGAGCAACCCUCUGUGAGUCUUUCAACCAUGCAAUAGUAGAUUCAAGGUUUUAUCCAAUCAUAUCCAUGCUUGAGAAAAUCAGAUGCAAAAUGAUGAUUAGAAUUCAAGAGCAAAGGACCAAAUGUGAGAAGUGGCAUGGGAUAAUAUGCCCCAACAUUUUCAAGAAACUGAAAGUGAGUAUCAAGCUGAUUGCAUGGUGUGAUGUCCUAUGCAAUGGCAAAGAUGGGUUUGAGGUCAAACACACCAGUGGUAGAGGUAGAAGGUACACUGUUAAUUUGGAGAACAGAACAUGCUCUUGUGGAUAUUUUCAGUUGGCAGGUUUGCCUUGCUGUCAUGCCAUAGCAGCUAUAUACAAAUGUGGCAGAAAAGUAGAUGAGUACAUUGACAAAUGCUUCUACAUUGAAGAGUUCAAAAAGACAUAUGAGCAUUGCAUGGAACCGGUAGAAGGAGAGGACAAGUGGCCCAUUUCUCAAAAUCCAAGGCCAAAGGCACCAGGUUAUAUUAGGAUGCCUUGCAGGCCUAAAAAGAAUAACAGGAAGAGGGAAGAUCAUGAGAAACCAAAAGGAAGAAAAAUGACCAAAGUUGGCAUCCAAAUGAGGUGUGCAGUUUGUCAUAAGACAGGACACAACAAGGUUAGUUGCUUGAAGAAGAAAGAAAAGGAAAUAAUAGCAAUGCUUUCAUUUCCAAAGCUGGGAAAAAGAUUAAGGCAGCAGAGCAAGCACAAACAGACUUGACCACAUCUGCCAGCCAAUCAGCACAGGCUAGGGGAAAAAAGCCUAGCAGUACUGUAGCAGAAACAAGUGGCAGGAAGAGAAAGAAGCAAGAAGAUGGAAAUGUGUUCAAGGAAAGCAAGGAAAGGCAAAGAAAAAAUGAUGUGUGUGAAACUGGAAGAGAUGUCAAACUGUAAUGGUUCUUUUCGUCAUAUGUGACAUAUGUGUGCUGGGAUGUUUGUUGGUUUUUAUGCUAAACUAUAACCGGAAUGCUACUUUUGGUGAUAUGCGUGCUAGGACAGGUUGAAUUCUGUGAUA